AUGUACGAACCAAAACGAGGCACAGCAGAUGCCUCGGAGCCGGGGGCGGUGGACACGGCGGAGACGGUGGUUCCUGCGUCCAUAUUUGCCCCAGACCGAGCCGGGGACGGAGCUGAAUCCGAGGAAGAGCGCUCCGAAGGCGGCGAGGAGCCCAACGGGGAGUCCGCGGACUUCCUCCUGGUGAGUCCGAAUGCCAAACAGUACGAUGCUUUACUGCGACACCUACGUGAGCGGAUCGAGGAGGGCAGUGGAGGAACAAUCUAUGUCAUCGGAAUGGGCUCAGAUGGUGGGGACUAUGGUCUGAAUGCUUUGGACAUGGAGGCGUCUGUUGCCACGGUGCACUCUCUAUGUGAGACCAUCGAUGCAGACCUGGUCUUGCUUCGAGAGAGACCCGAAUCCGGGGGCCAAGUCCGAGACUAUCUAAUCCGUAGGAGGGUCGGGGAGCAGGACUUCCUCGAGGUCCGAGUGGCUGUUGUGGGGAAUGUGGACGCAGGGAAGUCUACCCUCCUUGGGGUCCUGACUCACGGGGAGCUUGACAAUGGCAGAGGCUUCGCUCGACAGAAAUUGUUCAGACACAAACACGAGAUGGAGAGCGGCCGCACCAGCAGUGUGGGCAACGACAUCCUGGGCUUCGAUCAGGAAGGGCAGGUGGUGAACAAACCAGACAGUCACGGGGGGAGCCUGGACUGGACAAAGAUCUGUGAGAAAUCCUCUAAAAUCAUCACAUUUAUUGACCUGGCUGGACACGAGAAGUACCUCAAGACCACAGUGUUUGGGAUGACCGGGCAUCUGCCUGACUUCUGCAUGCUCAUGGUGGGCAGUAAUGCAGGCAUCGUGGGCAUGACCAAAGAGCACCUCGGACUUGCUUUGGCUCUGAACGUCCCUGUUUUUGUGGUGGUUACCAAAAUAGACAUGUGUCCAGCCAACAUCCUACAAGAGACGUUAAAGUUGUUACAGCGGUUACUGAAGUCUCCCGGCUGUAGAAAAAUUCCAGUUUUGGUACAGAACAAAGACGACGUCAUUGUCACAGCAUCAAACUUCAGCUCAGAGAGAGUGUGUCCAAUUUUCCAAAUCUCAAAUGUGACCGGUGAAAACAUGGACCUGCUGAAGAUGUUCCUGAAUCUGCUCUCGUCACGGACCACUUUUAACACAGAUGAGCCAGCUGAGUUCCAGAUUGACGAUACCUACUCUGUCCCGGGCGUAGGAACAGUAGUAUCAGGGACUACUUUACGUGGAUUGAUACGUCUGAACGACAUGCUCCUCCUCGGUCCGGACCCUUUAGGAACCUUCGCCCCCAUCGCAGUGAAAUCCAUCCACCGAAAGAGGAUGCCCGUGAGGGAGGUCAGAGGAGGGCAAACUGCUUCAUUCGCUCUCAAAAAGAUUAAGCGGUCAGCGAUCAGGAAGGGCAUGGUGAUGGUGUCUCCGAAGCUGCAGCCUCAGGCCACAUGGGAGUUUGAAGCAGAGAUCAUCGUCCUUCAUCAUCCAACCACGAUAUCCCCCCGCUACCAGGCCAUGGUUCACUGCGGCAGUAUCCGACAGACAGCCACCAUCUUGAGCAUGAACAAAGACUGUCUGAGGACCGGAGAUAAAGCUGCGGUUCACUUCAGAUUCAUCAAGACUCCAGAAUAUCUGCACCCAGAACAGAAACUGGUGUUCAGGGAGGGAAGGACCAAGGCUGUGGGCACCAUCACUAAGCUACUUCAGUCGGUUAGCACACAAGCGGCCAAAGCUCAGCAGGCAAAAUCCCAGACCUACAGGAAGAGGGAAGGAACAGCCAAUGAGGAGGCUUCGUCUGCAGCGCGACCAGGAAGUCCCACCUCCUCACAGAUACAGUUGAAGUCAGGGGGCGCUGGUCGCAGGAGAGGAGGGAACAGACAUCGAUCGAAAGGGUUAAGCGUAGCGCCUAUGUCCACACCUGUGUCCACUGGAGCCGGGACUGCCUAAAACCAACUGAUCAAUAACCUGGACCACUGUGCCUUUAAAACCACAACCAAUGAAUAGCCAAUAACCAAGACUACUGUGCCUUUUACAAGAACAGACAAAGAGCGAGGAAAAACAUACAAUAGGCCCUUUUCACGCUGUUGUAUGGCUAGUUCUGGUUCUUGCAAAUGUGCCAAUCUGCUCUUGCU